AAAGUUUAAAAAUAUUGAUCUAAUUUUCACUCACACUUAUCGUUUCUAAAGAUCUGGAUUUAACCACUGGAGUCAUAUGGAUUACUUUUAUGCUGCUUUUAUGUGCUUUUGGAACUUUCAAAAUGUCAGCACCCAUUCACUUGCAUUGUGACGACCUACAGAGCUAAAACUAUCCUCUAAAAAUCUUUGUUUGUGUUCAGCAGAAGAAAGAAAGUCAUACACAUAUGAUGGCAUGAGGGUGAGUGAAUGAUGAGAGAAUUUUCAUUUUGGGGUGAACUAUUGCUUUAAGGUUAUAUCACAAUACCUGCUUAUACCUGCUACACUUGUCACAGGUACCCUCUUGUUAAAAGAGUGCAAAAAAGUAAACCAAAUUUUGCUACCCACAUGCUAAAAUAACUGACCCUGUAUACAGGUUCUACUGGUACUCUAUGUGCAUAACGGACAGAUUUGAAUGCAACAUAAGCAAAUAACCAGUGUGAAUGUUGGUAUUAGAGAUGUGCACAAGUAAUCGCUUAAUCGAGUAAUCAUUCUGCUUUAAAUAUCUGACUAGUAAAACACCUCUUGAAUAUUGCAAUUAGAUUUUCCUUUGUGACUUUGCCUGCCGUGGACAACAACGAAACUGCUUCUUGCACACUGUAAAUCUUGCCAUUACAACUCAGUGCAUUGGUUGGAGUUGUGGAUGCAUGACGUUUAAGAAAUACUUCACCCUAAAAGAACAUUUAAAUUAUUUAAAGUGAUUUUAUCACUUCAGAAGACUUGGAAUGUACUGUAUGUUUCUAUGUGUUUGUGUGCAAAUAUUUUUCAUGUCAUUUUUUUAAUCUAGACUUUAAUGCGCAGUGCUAAUGUUUUUCAUAAGCGAAAUGGGAAAUUUCAAGUAGACUUGUAAUUCUACUCUAAAUUCCCAUCCCUAGUUGGUAUUUAACGGGAAGCUGAAUGAAGGCAAAGCUACUGUAAUCCUAUGAAUUUGUUUUUAUUAUUAUUUAAAUAUCUCUUUUUCAGUAUGAUUAAACCUGUUUGUGAAAAUAAUAUUUCAGAUGCACUUUCAAGAGAAGAUCACAGAGAAUAUUUACCUUUUGUAUAGUUUAAGUAAACAAUUAAAUAGUAUGCUUUAGUUUUCAUGCCCUCAUGUAUGCCUUUACAAACUGUUGAUAUGGUUGAUUGCUCAGUGACAUUAACCGAUUCUUGUGCUAUCUCCUGGACCAAACUUCUCACAUGUGAAUUAUAGUGACCGACAGGGCCGUAGCUAGUGGGGUGAAAGGUGGUAAUGAUUCUGUGGGCCCAAAGAUCCAGGGAGCCCACAACAAAUUCUAAACUGUAUUUUUUAUAGGAAAGGGGCCCAGAUUACCUUGCUACGGCCCUGGUGACCAAUGACAAGAUCAUCCAGCAUCAUAACUGCAGUGAACUCUGGAAAGGGGGCUGAACUGUCUUCAGUCCAAAAAAGUGGCAAAGACCCAUAACAGAUGUGACCCUGUGAGAGAGAAGAAAUUGGAUUAGAGAAUUCCAGCAUAACUUAAAUAUGCUGAAUAGCUGUUAUACGUAAUUCUUAGAAUAGGCAUGCCAACAUUCACUUUAGAGCAAUCAUCAUUUAUAUCAGGAGAAUAAUUAUUUGACUAUAAGGAAAACAUGACUAGCAAAAUGCGUGCUUCAGUAUUGCACUGUUAGCACUGUUAAACUGUUCUCCCACAAGUUAUAUCAGAACACACAGGGGCUGACAGUAUUGUGUGCAAUGCAACGAUCAGAAAAGAAAAACUAGGUGUAAACAAAAGAAGACUUCCUUAUUAUGGAAUGAGAAGCAUUAGAAAUAGGACUACUAUAUUUUCUAGGUUUGCUAUGUAGUCCUGCAAGACCAGUACAGUAGUAACUUCCUCUUGACUCACACCAGGCGGUAUUGAAGGUGGGGUUAGAAACACACGUCUUGUUUUUGUCCACUAGGGGGUCAAAAUAUUAAGUGCAUCAAAAAUGAAUGUGUAUUUUUGAAGGUACAUUAGACAUUUAUGAACAGUGAUUGAGAUACAGACUAUGUUUGGACAGUGCAUUGGGUAGGUAUACUUUUUUGUUGUCUUUUAUUAAAAGCAUUCUUUUUUUCGAGACGUUGCUCUCGUCUGGGCAGUCAGCUUCAUCUGGAAACAAUUCAGAGCAACAAAAUCAUCUAUUCAUGCCUAACAUUGAUCAGUGACAAACAAAACAUCACUUUUAAGACAUUCAAUACUAGGCAUGGAGGGUAAAUCCCAAACUGGGGUUUGAAAUAAGUAGGAAAAUAUUGAACUGUACUUAGCAGUAUUCUCCACUAGAGUCCACUCUUUGCUAAGUUUACAACCUUAACCCUGUGAUGCCCACUGUUGUAAUAUUACAACAUCAAUUUUAGCUCUACUAAAAUAAACCUGCACAUGUUUUUUUUUUCUCUCUCUCUCUCUCUCUCUCUCUCUCUAAGACCACGUUUACACAACUAAUAGGUCCUAUUGUUAAUCCUUGCAAUGCUAUUGGAUGGUAGAUUUUGUAAAUAGGCCUGUUCACCUGGCCAUGAACUCACACAACCUGCAAACUUGCCUUGAAGCACAUCAUCUUGUUUUGCUGGACUGGAUAAAUCAACAUUCAAAAUGCCACCAGUCAGGAAAGACCAUCUUAUCUACAAUGUGUAUGAUGUCAUUGAUGCCGUCCAAAAUAGGAACAGUGACUUUGAGAAGGACUCUGAUACAAGUGAUGAAGAGGAAUGUGGAGAUGCCUGUGAACUGGAAAAGGAAAAUAAAAAACCCAAUGACCGUCCAUGGGAUGAUUAUGUGGACAUCAUGCCAACAAAACCAUGCCAUUCAAGAACACAGACCAUGCCCCGUGACAGAGGCUGUGUUUGGGGAGGCCAAAGUCAUCUGCAGUGGAGGAGACCCCUUUGACAACCUACUGCUGGCAAAUCAAAGUGCCAUCCAGUUUGGCCAGCACAGAGGGAGAACCUUCAAGUGGAUGCUUGAUAAUGACCUUGGUUACUCCCUCAUGGUACUAGCCAGUCAUCAAAGGGAGCAUGAAGCUGGCAGAAUGGACAGAGGUGUCCUCAUGUUCAACAAAGUUGCCUUCUUGCAGUAUGCCUGUGCAUUCCCUGAGGUUGCAGAGUACAUCAGAUUGCGCAGGCAGAGAGAGGGCACCUUACCUGGCUGUGAGGGAGACUGCCUGGUGGGCUUUGGGCUUCACAAAAGGACCACAUAUAAAGAGCUCUAUGAUACUAAGGACAAGGAGAGGAGAAGUUCCUCAAUCAUCUUCACUGCCCACACCUCUCAGCUCAGCUCGACUGGAGCAGAAUGCCGCUCAAAGAAGGGCAUCAGCGGCUUCUGAAGUUGUUCUUCCUCAGACAUGGAAGCGCUCCCUGGAGGAAGGGCAGUGCUGACGGAUAACCUGCAGUUGUGGUGGUACGCUCUCCAGCCAUGUCUGCAUUAUCAUCAUCCUCCAGCAUUCAAAGACAUGUUCUUCACCUGGCCAUUAUGUUUGUGGAUGCCCUACAGGACAUGGUCCUACAGGCUUCUCUGCAGCUCACCAAACUGCAGACAGUCUGGUCAGUGACUCACAUCUUGUGGGCUCUACAAAACAUUGAGGUGGGUGUUGAACUUAAACGGCUGGUAUUUUCUGGCAACAGAGUGCCUGGAGUGCCUGCGGUGUCAGAAGAAGGUGGCCACGUGGGCUUACGACAUUCUGGACUGCUCACCACAGAAUGUUUCCUGCCAUCCUCACGUACCGAUAAGUCAGUACAACAUAUUAAAUAAUAGAAACUAUGCGUUGUAUCCUUGCAUAUCUGUUUUUUGCGCCUCUGGCUAUGCACCAUUAAAAAAAAUGUCUUUCCAAGAAAUUCCAGUAGACAAAAAACUCCAGACAACAUAAGUUGUGGAAAAUUGCAUAUGAUCUGGGAGGUUUUUGAUAGCUUUAAUGCAUGUCAUUGAAGAGACGGUUAGUCUAUCGAUGGCAGCCUCGUUUUAAUUCCCGUCAAAAAUCAAAGAUGGCGCUACUGUGAAUAAGAUCUGUUGUAUCAUGGAAAAGUGUUAAUAGUGACCUUAUGAUUCGUGGUAUUUAAGAUAAAGUGAAAAGAUAGGUAAAGAUAAAGAUUUUUAAAGUUUGACACGCAGCCUUAUAAAUAAGUUUGGUAUUUUUGCUUUGUAGUAGUAGGACCAUGUUAAUUUGUAACUUCUCUCAAGCAACGUGGGUAAUUAAGUCAGUAUGGGAGGGGAUGAGAGCCUCCAGUAAUAGGAGCUAGGUCAUAUAAUAUAGCAUGAUAAGACUUAACUCUUUUAUACCAUUGUAUCACGUGGAACAGGCCA